ACAGAGUAUAAGAAAUGAAAAUUUGAAAGAAUAAAUAAUUACGUCACUCGUCUUCUUCUUCUUAUGAUUCUCCUCCACCAUGGCCGUCGGCUCCUCCUCCUCAUCCACCCAUUGGUUAAGGUAAUCCCCCAUCACCAUCAUCAUCAUCCGCCCAAAAGCUGUGUCAAAUUUACAGAAAAUCAACACACAGAAUGUUUGGCAUUUUAAUCCCCCAAACCCAAACGCCUUUGCACUUCUCACCACCCCACUGCAACACCACCCAUAUUCUCUGCCGCCACAGCCCCCGCCCCCGCCGCCGCUUUAAAAGGAACAAGACAAGAGAAGUCUUUCUCAACAAUAAACCUCCUACCACCUUCUCCUCAUUCCCAAUUCCCUUCUUCACUACUGCUACUAGUGCUGCUGCUAUUGCCACAGCCAACUCUUCAGCUGCUGCUGCUGCUUCUUGUCUUCCUUAUCAUAAGGAUGAUGAUGAUUGCAAGGGUGAUGACAAUGCGCUACCGCUUCCUCUUCCCAAAUCUGAUGCUUCAAAAAACAACAAGCCCCUUCUCUCCUCUGCUCUUUUCUGGCUGCUUGUAGCUGUUUUUACUUCAUUCCGAAUCCUGGGGAGCCCACAUGCUGCUGCCAUGGCUGCCGUGGUCACUACUACUACUACUACUACUACUGAGGUAACUAGGAAGAAGACCAACCCUACUGCCGCUACAAACACCGAGCAGCAGGACAUCCGACGUGAUAAGCCCCGCUACCAGUAUUCACAUUCUACCCAGAGAUUGUUAGACAUUGUCUCCCAGCGAUUGCUUAGAAAAAUGGAGGAUGUCAAAAAUGGCAAAGACACCGUCCAUAGUGUUGAGGAGGCCUUGAAAGAUGUCAAAUUCAAGAAAAAAGAAUUGCAAGACGAGAUUAUGAGUGGGCUCUAUGCAGACUUGAGAGUUUUUAGAGCAGAAAAAACUGUUUUGCUCAAGCGCUCCGAGGAUAUACUUGACGCUGUUUCGAAGGCUAAGAGGGAGGAGGAGAUCCUCAGUAGGAGCAGCAGCAACAACAACAGGGCUGGAGACUUAGCAGUAGCAGUAAAGGAUAAGAUUGUCAAGUUGGAGGAGGAAAUGAGGAAUGGUGAAACUCAAUACAACGAAAUGUGGGACAGGGUAGCCGAAAUUGAUGAUCAGAUUUUGAGGAGGGAGACCGUGGCCUUGAGCAUUGGCGUGAGGGAGCUUUCAUUUAUCGAGCGCGAGUGCGAGCAGUUGGUUCAAGGGUUCUUGAGGGAUAUGAGGCGGACCAAUGUUGAAAGUGUGCAAAAUAAUUCUGUUACCAAGCUGUCCAUAUCUGAGAUUAAGGAUCAACUGCAAAGUGCACAUAGACAAUUCUUGGAGCAGAUUGCUCUCCGUAAUGUUUCAGUAGGUGAGGAUCAUGAUUAUGAGUAUAAUGCAGAAUCACUUGCAUUUGCUCAACGCAUAAAACAUGCACUAAGUGCUUCAAAGGAUAUGCAGAAGAAUCUGGAGGAUCAUUUAAGAAAAAGGAUGAAGAAAUAUGGUGAUGAAAAACGUUUUGUUGUGAGCACUCCAGUAGAUGAAGUUGUGAAGGGUUUUCCAGAAUUUGAGUUGAAGUGGAUGUUUGGAAGUAAGGAGGUCGUAGUUCCAAAAUCUGUUGGCCUUCAUUUAUUUCACGGUUGGAAAAGAUGGCGUGAAGAAGUGAAAGCCAAUUUCAAACGAGAUUUGCUGGAAAAUGUUGAACUUCGUAAAAAGUAUGUGGCCGAGAGACAGGAAAAAAUUCUAUUGGAUCGGGACAGAGUAAUGUCAAGGACUUGGUACAAUGAAGAAAGAAAUAUGUGGGAAAUGGACCCUAUAGCUGUUCCUUAUGCUGUGUCCAAGAAACUUAUCCAGAGUGCUCGAAUAAGGCAUGAUUGGGCUGCAAUGUAUAUUACGCUUAAGGGAGAUGAGAGAGAAUAUUAUGUUGAUGUGAAGGAAUUUGAAAUGCUGUUUGAAGAUUUUGGAGGGUUUGAUGGGCUGUAUUUGAAAAUGCUUGCCUACGGUGUUCCAACUGUGGUUCAGCUUAUGUGGAUUCCUUUCUCAGAAUUAGACUUUGGUCAACAGUUUCUCUUAGUAAUGAGACUUUGCCAUCAGUGCUUGACUGGAUUAUGGAAUACUACUGUUGUCUCGCGUGCAAGAGGCUGGAUCAUUGAUAAAAUUAGAAAUAUAAAUGAUGACUUAAUGAUGAUGAUUGUUUUCCCCACUGUGGAGUUCAUUAUUCCUUACUCGAUUAGAAUGAGAUUAGGAAUGGCUUGGCCAGAGUAUGUUGAUCAAUCUGUGGGUUCAACUUGGUACUUGAAGUGGCAGUCCGAGGCUGAAAUGAACUUUAGAUCAAGGAAAACAGAUGGAUUACAGUGGUAUCUUUGGUUUCUACUUAGAUCUGUCAUAUAUGGAUUUGUGUUGCUUCAUGUCUUCCGGUUCAUGAGGAGAAAAAUUCCAGGACUUCUUGGUUAUGGGCCUCUAAGGAGAGAUCCAAACUUAAGGAAGUUACAGAGAGUGAAAUAUUAUUUUAAGUCUAGGUUGAGGAGUAUAAAGCAAAAGAAGAAGGAUGGUGUUGACCCUAUAAGUACAGCUUUCGAUCAAAUGAAGAGAGUUAAGAAUCCUCCUAUAAGGUUGAAAGAUUUUGCAAGUGUUGACUCUAUGAGAGAAGAAAUUAACGAAGUUGUGGCGUUUCUACAAAAUCCUCGUGCAUUUCAAGACAUGGGAGCUCGUGCCCCUAGGGUCCAAAUCCUUUAA